GUCUCUCCCCAAGAGACACGCGUGGGCCGCUCCCCUCUGGGAGGAGGGCCACAGAGGAGGGCUGCGGGUGUCUCUGGCGGCCCCUCCCGGUGCGGAGCCACGUGGUGGGCGCGGGCCGAGCCCUCCGGGGAGAACCUGACCCGUGGGGAGGUGGGGUGGGGUGGGGGUGGCGGCUCCCGAAGUGCUGCGGAGCAGAGCUUAGAACUAACAGGUUUAGAGCACACAGGCAGCGGCGGCGAGAGGAGGGGAGGAGGCAGGCCGGCGCAUGGGGCGCCCCGGCCCCGCCGGUAGCGCGCCCCCUCCGGCCAGGCCGCGCUGAACGCAGCCCGCGCAACGCCUCGAACCCGUACCCGGGGCCAUGCCGGUCAUGAAGGGGUUGCUGGCCCCGCAAAACACCUUUCUGGACACCAUCGCCACCCGCUUUGACGGCACGCAUAAGGAAGCUGAGGCCUUAAGCUACAUUGUGUAGGUGGUAGAAGUGAGUGCUGGAGUCCCUGCCCUUGCCAUUCUUUGCUGCUUUCUGCAGUCACAGUUCCUCGGCUUGAAGACAGCAACUUCCUUCUGGCCAAUGCACAGGGCCCACGGGGUUUCCCUAUCGUCUACUGCUCUGACGGCUUCUGUGAGCUCACAGGCUACGGCCGUACCGAGGUCAUGCAGAAAACCUGUAGCUGCCGGUUCCUCUACGGCCCAGAGACCAGUGAGCCAGCCCUGCAACGAUUGCAAAAAGCCCUGGAGGGCCACCAAGAACACCGAGCUGAAAUCUGCUUUUACAGAAAGGAUGGCUCAGCCUUUUGGUGUCUUCUGGACAUGAUGCCCAUCAAGAAUGAGAUGGGGGAGGUUGUGCUCUUCCUGUUUUCCUUCAAGGACAUCUCUCAGAGUGGAGGCCCAGGACUUGGCUCACCAGGAAUCCAUGGGGACAAUAAUCAUGAAAACUCUCUUGGGAGAAGAGGAACUAACUCAAGGGUUAGGUCCAGGAGGAGGCAGAACCGGACUGUCCUACACCGGUUGACUGGCCACUUUGGUCGCCGGAGUCAGGGAAGUGUGAAGGCCAAUAGUAACGUGUUUGAGCCAAAGCCAUCAGUGCCCGAGUACAAGGUGGCCUCCGUGGGGGGCUCUCGCUGCCUCCUCCUCCACUACAGCAUCCCCAAGGCUGUCUGGGAUGGUCUCAUCCUCCUCGCUACAUUCUACGUUGCAGUCACCGUCCCCUACAACGUCUGCUUCGCGGGUGAUGACGACAGCCCCAUCACUUCCCGACACACCCUUGUCAGUGACAUCGCUGUGGAGAUGCUCUUCAUCCUGGACAUCAUCUUGAACUUCCGCACCACCUACGUGUCCCAGUCGGGCCAGGUGAUUUCUGCCCCUCGGUCCAUUGGCCUCCACUACCUGGCCACCUGGUUCUUCGUGGACCUCAUUGCUGCUUUGCCCUUUGACCUACUGUAUGUCUUCAACAUCACUGUGACCUCGCUCGUUCAUCUGCUGAAAACUGUGCGGCUCCUGCGGUUGCUGCGGCUGCUGCAGAAGCUAGAGCGGUACUCGCAGUGCAGCGCAGUGGUGCUCACGCUGCUCAUGUCCGUCUUUGCCCUCCUUGCUCACUGGAUGGCUUGCAUCUGGUACGUCAUCGGGCGCCGGGAGAUGGAGGCCAAUGACCCGCUGCUCUGGGACAUUGGUUGGUUGCAUGAGCUGGGCAAGCGUCUGGAGGAGCCUUAUGUCAAUGGCUCGGCGGGCGGACCAUCUCGGCGCAGUGCCUACAUCGCUGCGCUGUACUUCACGCUGAGCAGCCUCACCAGUGUAGGCUUCGGCAACGUGUGUGCCAACACUGACGCUGAGAAGAUCUUCUCCAUCUGCACGAUGCUCAUAGGCGCGCUGAUGCACGCAGUGGUGUUUGGGAAUGUCACAGCCAUCAUCCAGCGCAUGUACUCCCGACGCUCGCUCUACCACAGCCGCAUGAAGGAUCUCAAGGACUUCAUCAGAGUACAUCGUCUGCCCCGCCCACUCAAGCAGCGCAUGCUCGAGUACUUCCAGACUACGUGGGCAGUCAACAGCGGCAUCGAUGCCAACGAGUUACUGCGCGACUUCCCAGAUGAGCUGCGAGCUGACAUCGCUAUGCACCUGAAUCGCGAGAUCCUGCAGCUGCCUUUGUUUGGGGCAGCUAGCAGGGGCUGCCUUCGGGCCCUCUCCCUGCACAUCAAGACCUCUUUUUGUGCUCCUGGGGAGUACCUGUUACGCCGUGGGGAUGCCCUACAGGCACACUACUACGUUUGCUCUGGCUCACUUGAGGUGCUCCGAGACAACAUGGUGCUGGCCAUCCUUGGGAAGGGGGACUUGAUUGGGGCAGACAUCCCUGAGUUGGGGCAGGAGCCUGGGUCUGGGGCAGGCCCCAGCUGUGUGCUGAAGACCAGCGCUGAUGUGAAAGCACUGACUUACUGUGGCCUGCAGCAGCUGAGCAGCCGAGGGCUGGCAGAGGUUCUUCGGCUGUAUCCGGAAUAUGCGGCUGCCUUCCGGGCUGGCCUACCCCGGGACCUAACCUUCAACCUGCGCCAAGGUUCUGAAAAUAAUGGCCUCGGCCGCUUCUCACGUUCUCCUCGCCUCUCCCAGGCACGCUCUGACACUCUUGGUUCCUCCUCAGACAAGACUCUACCAUCCAUCUCAGAAACCGAGGGUGGCACGGAGCCUGGGGCUGGUUCCAGGCCCCGUCGGCCCCUCCUGCUGCCCAACCUCAGUCCAGCACGACCUCGGGGGUCCCUGGUCAGCCUUUUGGGCGAGGAGCUGCCCCCAUUCUCAGCCCUUGUCUCCUCUCCUUCCCUGUCCCCAUCUCCUUCCCCUGCCCUGGCUGGCCGGGGUCAGAGUCCCUCCCCGCACGGCCCCCCCAGGGGCUCUGCUGCCUGGAAGCCCCCCCAGCUCCUCAUUCCCCCACUGGGAACAUUUGGACCUCCGGACCUCAGUCCCCGGAUCGUGGAUGGCAUUGAAGACUCCAGUAACACAGCUGAGGCCCCUACAUUCCGGUUCAGCAAGAGGCCAGAGCCCACCAGAACUCGCUCCCAGGCUCCCCCUUCAGGCCCCAGGCUCAGCCGGGAACUGGCCACAGAGGCAGCAGAGGAGGUGAAGGAAAAGGUCUGCAGGCUGAACCAGGAGAUCUCCCAUCUCAAUCAGGAAGUGUCUCAGCUGAGCCGGGAGCUGCGGCAAGUGAUGGGCCUCUUACAGGCCAGGCUGGGUCCCCCAAGCCACUCAGCUGACUCACCUUGGCUCCCAGACCUUCCUUGUCCCCACCAGAGACCACCACGCAUCUCUCCUCAUAUGUCUGGACCACCACCUGGUCUCCAAAAUACUACACUUGCUGUCGUCCACUGUCCAGCCAGUGUUGGGACAGUGGAGAGGGGGGCCACCCCCUCAGAGCUGAGACCUCCCAUGAUGCCACCCCAUCCCUCAGAACCUGACCCUCUCGGACCCUCUCCAGUGCCAGAGGCUUCUCCCCUGACCCCAAACCUCCUGAAGCACAGCUUCCAGUCUGGGUCAGACACAUUCCACUGACCCUGGCCUUGGGCCCAGGCCUGUCUGGGGUAGGCUUUACCACCUGCCAUCCAGGGAGGACCUGGGCUCCUUGGCCUCUUGCCUUGGGGUCAGCAGCUGCCAGCUGGUCUGGUUGGCUCUGGAUUCUCUGGACUUUUUAACAACGAGUGGCCACAUCUAACCCCGUUCCAUUUUCUAACCAUCCCCCAUCCUCCUCUUCUGGGAGGGGAGUCACCUGAAGCCGUGGAAUCCAGCAGGCAUGAAAUGGACCAUGGCGCCCUGUUGGGCUACGAAAAGGAGAUGUCUUACUUUCUCCCCAAGACUUGGAGGCUGUCAUGCAAGGUGGUCCCUUCUGCUGCCAGCAGCUCAAAGCAUUCUAGCAUUACCCUUCUGCAGCUCCCACCUCCAAACAAAAGCCAAAUCUGCCCCACUCCUCCCAACAUGGUCUCAACCUCACUGAGGGUCUGAGCAACUCACAAGCCCUCUCUGGUUUCCAGCCUUCCUUUCUCACUCAAUGCCCCAGGCUCACUUUUGGAUAGAAAAUAAAUCCAUAUAUUUUUGUAGA